UUUAUUUUAUUUUAUCCCAAAAAAGGGCCUAGACUGGAAAUACGGUGGCGGCGAAGGGUCUGCUUCACGCCUCUCUAGUCUCUAGUUGCUUUCCUCGCAGAGCAAAAUAAGCAACUCAACGAAGAGAAGGCGUGCUUCACGUUCAGAUUUUCGGAAGGUUGGGAUUAAUGGCCCCUGUUGACAACACUCUCCAAGCUAUCUGCUACAACCGUGGCUCACUUCGGUUACUCGACCAGAGAAAGCUUCCUUUGGAAACUAUUUACUUGGAGAUUCGAAAUGUGACAGAAGGAUGGAAUGCUAUACAUGAUAUGGUGGUUCGAGGUGCACCCGCUAUUGCUAUUGCAGCAGCCCUCUCCCUUGCAGUUGAAGUGUUUAAUUUGGAUGCCUUUAAUGGGACAUCUCAGGAUGCUGCUUCCUUCCUGGAAAAGAAAUUGGAAUAUCUGGUCUCAAGCCGACCCACCGCAGUGAAUCUUUCAGACGCCGCGACAAAACUAAAUGAAAUUAUUUCAAAGACAGCUGCUACUUCUUCAGAACCCAAGAGUGUUUUUCAGAGCUACAUAGAAGCUGCUGAAAUUAUGCUUGAGGAUGAUGUGGCUACUAACAAGGCAAUUGGCUCUUAUGGAGCAAAAUUUCUCCAGCAUUGGGUUGAGAACUCUAAAAGGCUUUCUAUUCUAACCCACUGCAACACUGGAAGUCUUGCAACUGCUGGAUAUGGUACUGCCCUUGGUGUUAUCCGUGCAGUCAAUGCUGAAGGGAUCUUAGAGCAUGCAUAUUGCACAGAAACACGUCCAUUUAAUCAGGGGUCUAGACUCACAGCGUUUGAGUUGGUGCAUGAGAAUAUACCCGCUACUCUUGUAGCUGAUUCUGCCGCUGCUGCACUAAUGAAAGCUGGUCGUGUGAGUGCUGUCAUUGUUGGAGCUGAUCGUGUGGCUGUAAAUGGAGAUACUGCCAACAAGAUUGGGACCUACAGCCUUGCCUUAUGUGCAGCUCAUCAUAAUAUUCCAUUUUUUGUUGCUGCGCCACUGACUUCCAUUGAUUUGUCCAUUCGUUCUGGUCAAGAGAUUAUUAUAGAGGAGAGAUCCGCAAAGGAAUUAGUGUAUUCUCGUGGAGGACUCGGGGAACAAAUUGCUGCAUCUGGAAUCUCUGUUUGGAACCCAGCUUUUGAUGUUACUCCUGCUAGUCUGAUAACUGGGAUCAUAACUGAGAAGGGUGUCAUCACAAAGACCGGCACUGGCGAUUAUUUCGACAUAGAGAAUUUUAUACAGAAGGCAGCCUUGCAGUCUUCAGUUUCUUCAGUGUAGUAGAGGUCUAUUUGAGUUGAGAUAGGAUGCGCAUGGUGAAUUAGGUUACUGAUGUGUAGUAAUCUGAAAAGGUUUAUGCCCUAAUAAUUGUAGAUGUACACUGUAUUGUACCAUUGUUUUCCUGCAAUGGUUGUGUUCCUCAUGUGGGCAUUGUUGUAUCUGAAACUAAGAUGUUUGAAGGUUUAUUAGUUAUCGACUAGAAGUUAAUAAUAAAUCUGUUUAGCUGGUUAA